GGGAGGAGGAUGGAGCUGGAGCCCGAGGACGGGUGCGGGAACAUCGCUCUUGCGGGAGGCCUGACCGCCGUAGGCCGCGGCCCUUUUCUCCGGGUUUCCGAUAAGCGAGUGUCCAGGAAUCAUGGUCUCCUCGAAGUGGUUGAUGAGAAGUUACGCAUCAAACCAUUACAUACCAAUCCAUGCUUCUAUCGGUCAUCAAGUGGACACCAGCUUCUGCCCCUGGCUAAGGAUAAAUGGCACUGGCUAAACCCAGGAGACUCUUUCUCUUUACUGCCAGACAAAUAUAUAUUCAAAGUCAUCUCCCCCAGCUUCGACCAGACCUUAAGAAACAGCGAUCUGUCAAGUUUUAAGGAUGAUGAGCAAUCUAAUCCUGCCGGAAGCUCGCGUAAGGAGAAAGGGGAUGUCACCGAAGGCCCAGAUAUACCUCAGGGUUUCUCUCAAAAACCCACUACAUCAUCUGAAACGUUGACAACAGAUGAUUAUUCCCGACAGCAAUCCUGCACAAUUGAACCAAAUGGCAUCUUGCAGAAUGUGUCAAAGAGUGAGCAACUGAAGAGUGGUCAAGCACCAUUGGACACUGUACAAAGAAAAAGAAUCUUGCCAGCUUGGAUGCUGCAAGUUACUACAGAAAUACAAAAUCCUUCGACAGUCAGUAAAAAAGGAAAUGCAAUAGAGCAGGGAAGAGGAAGAGGAAGAGGUGAUGCAGGGUGGAUGAAAACUCAGGUAACACAACCAGGAAGAAAAAGACAUGAGUCUGGGGAGAAUGUCGUAGAGAACGAAGCGUCAGAUCAACCACAGGAGAAAAAAGGUAGGAGAAGGAAAACACAACCAAAUAAAGAUGAAGAACAAGGCAAGAACAGUGCCAAGAGGAACACUCUUGAAGCAAGUUCUGUUAACAUGAAGAACUGCAUUGAUGGACCAUCCAGAUCUAAUUACAAAUUGACAAGCAGUGAUAGUGGUGAAGCCAAAAACCAACAUGGUCGUGACUCUCGGCGGCCCCGUGAGCUAAGUGACUGGGAAAUGAGUGACAAAGAGGAGGAGGAAGAAGUGGAACUGGUGAGCAGACAAAGUGAGCAGGAGACUGCACAGACAUUGGAGACUCCUCACACAUGGGAUAAAAGUAGCUGUCCAGAUCUUGAUGAAGCAGGACCAGGAGAAGGUGUAAAGACUCUUCAAACUGUAGAACAGAACAAGCCUCGGAGAGCUCCCUGCAUGUAUGGAAGUAAUUGUUACAGGAAAAAUCCAUUGCAUUUUCAAGAGUUGAGUCAUCCUGGCGAUACUGAUUAUGAGGAGCUAGCGGGUGAGGAGGAAGAUGAUGACAAACCAGAGUGUCCUUUUGGUACUGCUUGUUAUAGGAAGAAUCCACAACACAAGAAGGAGUACAAGCACACGCGACCUCCAGGAAGUGAAUUAAGAAGACCAAAGAGAAAAGUGGCUCAAAAAGAUAAAAGUGGUCUGGAUGGUGAGAGUGAUGAUGAUGGUGAACCCAACCGGUAUGACCUGAAUGACCGUUUUAUUGAUGAUGAAGAGGAGGAUCUGGAGCCGACUGAUGAGGAUUCUGAUUGGGAGCCAAGUGCAGAUAGUGAUGAAGAUAUUGAAACACUAACAAAAGAAGCCAAUAGAUUUGGCAAUUUGCAAGAGAUGUCAGUCAUCAUUAAGGAAUCAACCAAUCAGAGUCCACUUACCAACCAAUCUGUAUUCUCCUCUCAUACCGUAAGUGUUGUUUUUCCUGUUGAAUUGAUCUUCUCGCCAAUUGUCCUGAUGAAUGCAUGUCAAAAAAAACUUCAACAAAACGUCUUUUUCAGCAAAGUACACGUCGUCUUGUUGGCUUGAGUUGCUGUAUUGGCUGACUUCUGAUAUGAGGAUGUGGUGGUUCAUUGGCAAUUUACUUAUAAGUAUCUACUAUGUCGGUGACUACUGUCUGUUAGUUUUCAAGGUUACCAUUCUGAGAGACACAAUAGCCACUACAACCAUCAGAGACACAAGUCAUUCAAAAUAUCUUCUGAAUUUCUCAUCUUGCAUUAAUGUUCAGAAUAAGAAUUAAAAUGUUUUUUGUAAAUGGCUCAUUCCAUAACAGAAUGAUUAUGUUUAUCCCUUGUGUCUACUAAUGCUUCCAUUAAAGAUUUUAAUUGAAA